UCCCAUAAAACGAAUUCGGAAUUCAGCAAAAUCGAUCAGUUUCUAUUUCCAUACACAUCUUAGUACCUGUACACUUUAAAAAUAUUUGUAUUGAUUGUUUCCUAGCAAUAUACUGACUCAUCACGCUGUUACACGAACUAGGGUAAAACAGUAUGUGUUUUACCUAGAAUAAACGAACACCACGCUACACGCGUCAGUCCUUCAAAAAUGUGUUUUGUUUGGAAAUAACGAUGCACUGAAGCUUGAAGAGGAAGCUGAAUUUUUUAUUAUUAUAUCACCGUCCUCGGUCACAGUGUAUAUGACCCGGUAAUAUGCAUCUCGGAUAUUAUAUUUUCGUCCUUUUUCUUUUCUCGGAAACUCAAAGUACGGCGGUGUUAGAGGUGGAAGGGGACCCGGCGAUCGCUGUUUUGGUUGAAGAUUGCAGGAACGAAAGUGAAGUGAUUCCUUUUAGAAAACAAGCUCUGGUUUCCACGGCCGUAUGGACGACCGAAAGGGUAAACUUCUUGGAGUAUCUAGCUCCUAUGAAGCUAGGGCUGAAAGUUUUCGAGAUAUGCACAGAAGCUGAGUAUUUUAAAAGUGUUUUCGACUUAUACAAUCAAAACGAGACAUUUAUACUUGGUAUUGUGACAGAAAAAAAGUUAAACGAUAGACUAGUCAAGUUUGGUGAUUUGUUAGAUUUGAGAACAAUUCCAGUACCACACCAAUACGGCUUUUUGAUAAAAGCUGCGAUAAAGUUGUUAAGUGCGCUAGGUUGGGUUGAGAAUGUAACCAUUUUGGCUCCAGAGGAGACUAUUACCAGUGAGUUCUACAAACAUUCCAAAAGUAGUUUUAUAUGUAUCAAGGAAUGUAUUAUCUAUGAACAUACUUGUCCAGUAACAUUUAACAACUCAGCAACCUACACCUUUUUUGGUAAUAUUAAACAAAUAGAGGAAUUUAUCAAGUUUCAAGAAUAUUCAGAAUCAGAUGAAGUAGAUGCCAUAUUUGUACCUCUCGAUGGAUCUGUUCCAACAGGAUUGCCCGAAUCAAGUUUCGUUAUCAUACCACCUCAUCAUCCAGCAUCAACGAAGUAUAAAACUAGAGAAAAUAUUCUCCCAUCACCAAUGUUCCUAUCGACGGCUAAAUCCAUUCUUACGUUUUCGAAAAACAUCGAAAAAUACGUAGAAAAGAAUUGUAAUGAUACGUCAUACAAAGUGAAUUGCCUAAGAAGCAAAUUUAAUAGAAAAUACCGACCAGUAUUAAUGUCACCGAAUGGUAUUCUAGAUAUUCUAAAAAUUGAACCUCUAACUUCAAACUUUGUGUAUGAUAUUUACAGAGUGGAAAAUGACACCUCAAAUAUCAGUGUGCUGGCUCUAAGGAAUAACUUCCUUCAGCCUUACACAAAAAUAUUUUCGUACAACAUAUUCUACGACAAUAUUACACUAGUUGAUCAAUCUUUUGAAGAUAGAUCUCCAAACGCUUCGAUAAAUGAAGCCACUAGCAACUGUCUAAAUUAUUUUAAGGAAAAACGCUUCACAUUCUUCAUAGAUAAUAUUUCUAACCUUUCGUUUAGAUCUGAGGCUUGGGUCUAUGCCUUUCUCUCUUUAUCUCUUCUAGGAGUAAUAUUCUGCAUGUCCAUUAUUAUAUUUCUACUAAUAUGUAUUUGCAGAAGAGAUAUUUUGGAAGGAAAUCCAAUUCUCACAAUUUCCCUUCUAGUAGCUGUCAUGAUAUUAUUCUGUUCUGUCCUACCGUUCAGUCUACAGGACAACAGUACUACGAAAAAUCCUCUUUGUUUAGCUAAAUCUUUAAGUAUUACACUUGGAUAUGCUAUGGUAUUUUCUUUGCUUCUUUCGAGGUGUAUUCUUCUAGCUACAGCCUGUAAAGAAAUCGGAUUCCUGUCACACAUAGCUGGACCAGUACAAUCGUUUUUAUGCCUUUUCAUCUUUGGUGUACAAGCUGCACUGAGUCUGCAAAUAAUUGGAAAAUGUCAAGAAGUGUUUUUCAGACAGUCUUUCAUUUAUCUACUAAGCUACAACAUCAUGCUGCUGUUACUUUUGCUCUGUCUUUGCCCUCUCAUCUUCAAAUGCGAAAGAAAUUACAGGGAAGGAAAAUAUUUCUGCAUCGCUAUUAUAUCUAUAACAAUCGUGUGGCUGAUUUGGCUUCCCAUUUAUAUGUUCUACGAUGAAGGCUGGACAGAACCAAUGCUUUGUUUGGGACUGGUUGGUACAGCUGGUGUAUUUUUGGGAGCCAUAUUCAUUCCGAGAACAUACCUGAUGACCAUUGCAGCAGCCAGGAACAAAAUCACCAGUACUUUGCCAUCUCUAAAUACAGCUAAUAGUAUUGUGGAUAUUUAUAGAAGCAAUACACAGCCGAUUUACGAUUGUGUCAACGUAGCAGCCAUCAACGCAGUUAAUGUGGCCAGAGCCGGAGUCACUUUAUCAGGGCAGCAAGUUAUGCAGCAGCCAGAUCUGUACACGUGUCCAGCUCUACCUGACGAUGAAGACUUGGACUUCCGUUGCGACAGUCCCACUAGCAAUGAUAAAAUUACUCGAUUCUAGAAGACUGACAAGGCUUUAUUUUUAACAUACGACCUAAGUAGAAAGGCCUAAGUAUUUUUAAGUGAAAUAGUUGUUAGACGAGUCAUUUAGCUGUAAUUAAAAAACAUUGUGUUAAUUAUAGGACAAUAUAUGUAUAUGUAGUCUCAUACAGAACACUGUGUGUAAUAUACAAAUAUUUAUAUUAAAUUAAAUUAUAAUUUUAAUACGACUAUAUUUAAAAUAUGAAAUAUUGUCUAAUUCAGAAAGACCAAUAAAACAAAGUCGUUUAAUUUUAAACGAAAAAUUAAAAUAAUAACUAUAAUGUUUAUAUAAAAUAAAAAGUAGACCUACAUAGUUUAUAGAAAAAGUCUAAAUUCAAAAUUUAAUAUACAAAGAUUAUUAAAUAACUUGUUAAGUACUACUGGAACUUCACAAGGAGUUGAUGAAAAGAAUAUCAUAUAACUUGUGAAAUAAAAAUAUGACAUAUGGGGUGGUUUGGGGUUAAAGCCCCUCCCAGGGCAUAUAAAGGAUAGUAGGAAAAUGUAACUUGUUUCUGUGCCCAAUCCAAACCCCCUCCCCCCAAAGGAAAAUUCUACGUGCGCCACUGGCAUGACACGAAUUAUAGAUAUAGUAUAGAUAAAUAACGAACAAUUGAUGACGUAUAUUAUAGUGUCGAAUAACUUAGUCAAGUUGAAAUUAUAUUUGUCUGUUAGUUGUUACUUUGACACCAGCACACGGUUAAAAUAUUCAUUGUUAUAUUAAAUAAAUAUUACGAGGAAAGAAACAUUUUAAUUGGUCUACUCACUUAUUUACUCCAUAGCGCAAUAGGCUAUGGUAGCUCCAGACCUGAACAACCUUUUGCGUCUCAGCAGAUCACCAUCUUCUCAUUUCCAGAUUCAACCAUUAUUUAACAAAAUCAACAAGGAAAAAAUAGAAUGUUUCCUGUAGCUGGCUGUAUACUAUCACUCACAAAAAUUUAAUGCAAAAUGCUUUGUGAAAGGUAUAAAAAUUCUACAAAGCAUAGGAAUUGAUGAUAAGGACAUCCGAAUUGUGACAAGUCUCUACUAGAAUCAAACAGCCAGGGAAAAAGUCGGCAAUGCAUCCACAGAGAGCAAUAUCAGAAAAGGUGUGCGACAGGGAUGUGUUCUCUCCCCUCUCCUUUUUAAUAUUUUUAAAAAAGCACUGAAGCAAACUAAGGCAUAAAAAUCAAUGGAGAUUUGACAAAUAACCUUCUGACUUGCUACCUGACUUCCACCAUGUAAUCAAGUCACACUACAGCUCAGAUGUUACCUAGGGCAUAAUGGUAAAAUAUUUCUAACAUCCAUGUUUUAGUUGGCAUCUUUAACCGAUGUUUCCUUAACGGACCACGUAUAUAAGGCUUUGACCCACAUAUUUUUGUAAAAUUAUAUCUUGGUGGUUAGCAUGUAAACUUCACGUAAGCACUGAUGAUGACUGGUAAACCAGUCGAAAACUAGUUCUGAUUGUGAUGUAGCCCUUUCUAGGGAUUUUAAAUAUACCUUUUAUAAAGGAUUUACUGUUUAUUAAAUAACCUUUGAUAUAAUACAGUAUCUUAUGGACAGGGUACAAAGAGUGAGUGAAGAAAGAGGACUUAACCUCAACAUAAAUAAAUCAAAAUGGAUGCUGGUCAGCAAAACUCAAAAACCUGCCAGACAAUUGAAAAUAAAAAACCAACUAUUUGAACACGUUGACUCGUAUAUUAUAUACCUUGGAACAGUCGUCAAAUCGAAUUGGGAUCAAACAACCGAAAUACGAUCUAGAUUUGAAAAGGCCAGAGCAACAUUUAACAACAUAAAAAAUAUAUUCAGCCAUUCCGACAUAUCUCUCCCACUAAAAAUACGGCUGCUAAAGUGCUAUGUAUUUCCAGUCUUGCUGUAUGGCGCAGAGUCAUGGACACUGACGGAAACAUUAAUGAGAAAGCUGGAGGCAUUCGAAAUGUGGGUAUACCGACGUAUCCUCAAAAUAUCCCGGACGACUCACAUCACCAACGUAGAGGUACUGCGCCGAAUGGGAAAACAAAAAUAAAUCUCUUUCACAAUUAAGAAACGGAAACUUAAUACCUCGGUCAUAUUAUGAGACAUGAUAAAUAUCAUAUACUCCAACUGAUAAUACAGUGUAAAAUAGAAAGCAAACGCGGACCCGGAAGAAGAAGACAGUCAUGACUUCAAAACUUACACCAAUGGUUUGGACUAACAUCGAUCGAGUUAUUCAGAAACGCCGCAAAAAAAUUAAAAUUGCUAUGAUGAUAGCCAACGUCUGCAACGGACAAGGCACAUGAAGAAGAAGAUAAAAAAUUUUAUCCCUGAUUUAAAAUCACAGAACGUUUUGGAUAUUUAAAAAUAUCGUCAUCAGUGUUUAGAACUGGUUGAUCACAAGAUGAGCCACCAAAUAAAUACCAGGGUACCCUUUAAAUAGUAUAACAAUUUGUUAUAUUAGCAUAUUUGCUUAAAACUCCUUAGGAUGGAUAACAUUUAUAAAGAAUUAGGCGCUUGGGCAUAGCACGACUCCCCAUCACGUGGGUUGCUAGACAGAUAGAUAUGUUUCUACAUGGAGACUGUUAAAUGGCAACUCAACAAUCAACAUUCUUCAACACUCUCGAUCAAGAACAGAAUUCUAAACUAAAUUCUAGAAAAGUCAGGUUGUUUCUAGAAUUUUUCCGGUCGCGGAAAAGUUUUCGAAAACUUCGACGAAAUGUCAUGUUAGAAGUCGCUAGUUUAAACUUAGAAAAGAGAACUUUUCUACAAGAUCAAGACAGAACUUCCUACCAAAAGGAGUUUUAACAGCUGGCCUCUUAGUAAUAUCAUUGUCUAUAUAUGCCUGCUUGUAGGAUAUUUAUAUAGAAGGCCUGGAUCCCGCGUACCAAAAAAAAUUGAUUAAUAGCAAGCUGAAAUUUUGUUAAUAGCCCCGUCGGACAAACUUUGAUGUAUGGGAACACUGGAACAGGGAAAGUUUAAUUGUGGAACAGUUUAAAAAUUUGGAACGUCACAUUACGAAAACGUCCCAUGUAUUUUGUAGGACAGAAUAUCCAAUUGAUUUGUUACCCUUUCAUUAAACUCUCAUGCAAAAAUCAGACUGCUAUUACUAACCAACAUGAUUCCUGUCAUUUAACAUGUUCUUCGUGUUCCACUCAUUAAAAUGCCCAGGUGGUGAGAAACACCAGUCUGAUUUUUGCAUGGGAAUUUAAUGAAAUGGUAACAAAUCAAUUGGAAAUUCUGUCCGACAAAAUACAAGGAACGUUUUCGUAGUCUGACGUUCCAAAUUUUUAACCUGUUCCACAAUUAAAAUUUCCCCUGUUCCAGUGUUCCCAUACAUCAAAGUUUGUCCGACUAGACACCGUUAAGCUAUUAACAAAUUUUCAGCUUGCUAUUAAUCAACUUUUUUUUGGUACGCGCAGGGCCGUAUUUAAGGGGUGGCAGUCUGGGCAGCUGUUCCGGGGGCCCCCACAAAGCCCCAAACUUAACAAAAUCAGCACAUUAUUCACAUUGAAUAAUUUUUGUCAAUCAAUUAACUGUAAUAUUUCGUUAUAUGGAAGGUUUCUCUCCUAUUAAAAAUGUAUUUUUGGCAAAUUACGGUCAUAAAGCAGAAGAUAUAUGUAUUUAAUUCUUUAAUGACAUUCUUGCAAGAAGAUGAUAUCGAUUUGAAAAACUGCAGGGGGCAGUCCUACGACAAUGCGUCAGUUAUGAGUGGAAAAUGCAAUGGUGUUCAGCUAAAAUUUAGAUUACAUAAUAUCUUGGCGUUGUAGAUUCUAUGUGUCGCCCACUCUCUAAAUUUAGUUGCAAAAGCUGCAGCUGAGUGUUGUCCUGCUGCCAUAGCAUUAUUUGAUUUCUUGGAAGGACUGUAUGAACCCUAUGUAUUUUUCACUUCCUCUACAUAUAGAUACAACUUGUUAAUAGAAUGUUUAAAAGCGCCUUUAAGCGAGAGCACAGCCGACCAUGUCAGAAAUAUGAUUAUUCCUAAAAAACAGUAAAUAUUCCUAGAUGGUCGUCUAGAAGUGACGUCGCAAAAGAACUAGUUAAAGGUUAUAAUCAGAUUAAAGGAGCAUUAUCCAAAAUUCCAAAAGACGAUGGGCAACAAUUUCAAACUCUUAGCGAUACAAAUGGUUUGCAUAAUCGAGUGUGUUUACUGAAAACAGGGAUAUUUGCAAUAUUUUAAAAUGAAAUCUUAGAGAAGACAAACAGCACAAGUCGUAUUCUCCAAGAUCCAAAUAUUGACCUUAAUUCAGGAGUGACGGCACUUAAAUCAAUUAAAAAAUUUAUAUUCUUUCAAGGAAUAUUUCAGAGACUGAAAUAACAACAUCAGAGAAAUUUAGGACUCAAAAUUUUAUAGCUAUUAUAGAUCACUUGAUUUCCUCUUCAAGUCAUAGGCUUUCGGCAUAUGAAUCCAUUCAUUCUAAUUUUGGAUUUUUACAUUAUUUGGAAAAUUUAAUUACCAAUGAAAUUGAAGCUCACUCACUGUAGCUCACUCACUGAAGCUUACCGACAAUUACAGCAAUGAUUUAGAUGCAAACCUAGGUGUCGAACUGUUACAAUUUGUAGAAUUUCUCAAUUCAUUUAAAGAGGAAAUCGGCUCAUCAAAUAUAAGUAAAGUAAAGAACUUCAAAUGUACCGACGCGACGGUUAAAAGAGAAAAAUGUGAAUGAUGCGUUUCCAAACGUUGUAGUGACGCUUCGUUUAUGAUGCUAAGUAACUGCAGUGGAGAGAGAUCAUUCUCAAAAUGUAAGGUAUGUAAUUAAAAAUCGACUUCGGUCUAUGAUAGGCCAAGAGCGUUUGAACCAUCUCUCUAUAAUGUGCAUUGAACACAAUGCCAAAAAAGUUACCGGACCAAAAUCUCAAAAAAAAUAUACCCGGACUUUCACACCAUACCAUAGUUAUAACAACAAUUUGUUUAUUGGUAGGAGGUAGGGCCCCACACCAAGUCUGCCCAGGGGCCCCACUGCCUUAAAUCUGGCUCUGGGUACGCGGAUAUUAUUAGGUCUAUAGGUAAUUUCUCUGUUUUUUUUUUCGCAUAAGGACCAGUAUCUCUGCCCUUGUUUAUGUAUAAUAAUAAUAUUAAACUCAUCAAAUACAUUUCAUUAAGUUAGUUAUAAUAAGUAAUAUAAUAAUGUAUGCAUCACAUUUUUUUUUCAAUUUUCGUUAGAUGUAUGUAUCUGUUUCUUAUGAUGCGAUAACGAAAAGGCAAGAACGUUAAAAUAGAUUUUUUUCUUUUUUUAAACUAUUUUACCGAUAUUCGAUGGCGAAGUGAAAUUGUAGUGUAGCUUUCUUAAUGUUCUAAUAAUUAUUAUGAUGAGUGAACGUGAAGUGGAUAUAGAUAAAAUAUGUGCUGAGAUGAAUCAAAAAAUAUUUGGAUAUGUAGAAAUUUCGUUAAGUUAUAUUAUAAUUGAAUAAGUUACACACACCCAAACUUAUAUGGAAUCAUCUGAUAUUUGUUACUAUUUCGUGCGAACUACUAUUUAAAAAAACGAACACACGAAGUCAAACAAUAUUUAUUUUAAAGCAAUUUAAUAACAAAUACAUAACAAUUAAAUAAAACAAUAAAGUAUUUAGCAAACAAAUUGAAAGUAGUUCUUUUAAAGUCAAUAGCAUACAAAAUUUCAAUGUAAAACGAAUAAUGUUUAAAUUGUUUGUACAUAUUUAUUUUUUUGUACUUUGUGGUAGUCAGUCUUAUCACUAAAGACCGGAUUAUAUGUUUUUUGCAUAUCGAUAACCAUCAAAGAUACAAUCAAACGCUUCAGGAUGUGGACGAAUUAUGAUAAUUAAAGGCGUUUGACACUAAUUUAAUUUUACAUAUUUAGAAUAUUUUCGUUUUUUUAACAUAUUUGGAUGGUUUGAACAUAUUUUCGACCGUUUGACAUAUUUUGGCAUAUUUUUAACAAAUUUUAGCGAAAUUUUUGUUGAUGUCACAAGAAUCGUCACAGACAUACGUCUGACAUUGUUUCAACUAAUAAAAUCUUGAUUACGGUUUCCGAUGCUGCGUCAUACAUGGUCAAAACUGGCCAACAACUAAAAGUUUUAUAUCCCAAUUUAAUUCAUGUGACGUGUUUGGCGCAUGGUUUAAACAUAGUGGCGGAAGAAAUUCGAAAUUCAUUUCCUACAAAUAAUAGUUUAAUUAGCAACGUGAAGAAAAUAUUUUUAAAAUCGCUUUUAAGGAUUCAGAUAUACAAAGAAAAAUUACCAAAUACUCCUUUGCAAGCGGCUUGUUUUUAUGCGGAACAUUUUCUCUCUAUAAAAGAACUACCUACUUUUAAGUUUUGAAGAAACAUAUAUUGGUGCGGUUUCAAAAUUCAAAUCAAUUUUAGAAAACAGGUCACUGCACAAUGAGCUUUGUUUUAUUAAAUCAAAUUUUGAAUUUGUUUAUAAAACCAUCCUCAAUCUUGAAACUGAAUCGCUUUCACUACAAGAGUCUCUUAAUUAUUUAAUUAAGAAAUUUAAGGAAAACGUUGAGAACGUUUCUGGAAAAAUUGGACAAUCAAUAAAUAAAAAAUGUAUUGAAGUUUUACAGAAAAAUAGUGAUUUAAAAUUAUUACAGAAAGCAAACCAAAUUCUUUGUGGCGAUUUUGAUGUUAAUAUCAAUUUAAAUGCGGAGAUUGUUAAUGUUUUAAAAUUUGCACCAAUCACAUCAGUUGAUGUUGAACGAAGCUUUUCAACAUACAAAUUACUACUAACGGAUAGGCGACAUAAUUUUACUAUUGAAAAUAUUAAAGAACAUUUGAUUGUGAAUUGUUUUUUACAAGAAGGAAUAAAAUGUAGAAACGGAAGUAAUAGUAAUAGGUACUAGGGUUGGUAUAUAGUAUAUAGGUAAUAGGAUUGGUAUAUUUAGGUUAAUUUUUUUAACAUAUGUAGAUCUAUCUAUCUAAUCAGCCCUAAACGUCCAUCCUUGGAUAUAGGCCUCUUCUUCCUUCUUCCAUGCCUCUCUAUCUUGGGCAAUUUACAUCCAUUUUGACCCAGUGUGUUUCUUCAGGUCAUCUGACCAUCGCAUCUGUGGCCUUCCCCUUUUUCGUUUGUGGUUCCAUGGAACCAUGGAACCAUAUGUAGAUACUUACCGUUAUUUAAUAAAACUUUUAUACAUUUUUUAUUGCAUAUUUUCUUGUUACUUUAAAAUGUUUUUCACAUAUUCCACAUAUUUGGAACAUAUUUUAAACUUAUAGGGAAUAUUUUCAACAUAUUUUACUCAUAUUUCAGACAUAUAUAUAUGCACAUAUUUCAGUCAAAACAGGAACAUAUAAUCCGUUCUUUAGUUAUCACCUCUAGUCCUUAUGCAAGCUUCAGUUUGUGUGGGCACGUUCCUAACCAAAUUAUCAACAUUUUGUUGUGGUAGGUUGCUCCAUCCUUUAAGAGCAGCUUGUACUAGCCUAGCGGUGUUUUGUGGAUUAUCCCAGCGAGCUCUAAUUUUUCUGUUAUGCAUAUCCCACAAAUACUCUAUAGGAUUAAGCUCGGGUGAGCAAGCAGGCCACUCCAAAUAAGGGAUACCUUCUGCUUCAAUGAUGUCUGUAGUCACUCUAAUGGUAUGUAGAGGUCCAUUAUCAUGCAAUAAAAUUAAAUUUUCUCCUGUUGCACCUCACUAGAGCCUGACUACAGGUUAUCAACAUACCUGUGAGCAGUUAAAGUUGAUUGGAUGAAAAUUAAAGGAGUUUUUUACGGAUCACAAUUCCUCUCCAGAACAUUACACUUCCCCUUGUAAAUUUGUGAACAGAUCUGACAGUUUUCGUUCUUGCUUAUCUUCCUCGACCUCUAAGUACACGAUUUCGUGGGUCAUCUGAUUUUACACAAAUCCUGACUUUUUUUGAAAAUAGCACAUUUUAUCAAUUCCCACUGUUCCAGUUUUGGUGGUGAAGACACCAAUUUAGGCGAUCAAUCUUUUGCUGCCUGGAUAACUGUCUCCUGCUGUAUACUUCUUGGUACGAACUCUUCUUCUUAUCGUUUCAACUGAAACAGUUACACCUGUAGCUUCCAAAAGCUGCCUUUGGAGUUGCAGAUGAGAAAUGGUUGGGUGUCUUCCAGCUGAUUGGACAAUUAAACGAUCGUGGAGAGCAAUAUUACUUUUGGCGAUUUUCCCUUGCUUUAUUUUUAAGCUUUCCUACCCACAUAACAAUUUCAUGUUCUUAGUAGAUUCAUAGAACAUACUUUUCAGAAAAAGUAUAUACUUAGAAUAUGCGUAAUUACUAUUGAGAAUGUGCAGAGCACAUACUGAGUAUAUACUACAUUACAGUACUUAAACGUUCUAUGUAUAUACUUAGAAUGUACUACCGCACUUCUUUUCAGUAUAUACCAAGAACAUACUUUUUAGAAGAUUCUAAGGAGGUGCUAUAAACCUUCUAUUUAUAUACUUAGAAUGUACUAUCGCACACAUUUUUAGUAUAUGGGAAGAAUAUUCCAAGGAAGUGCUAUAUACCUUCUAGUUAUAUACUUAGAAUGUACUAUGGCACAUAUUUUUAGUAUAUGGGAAGAAUAUUCCAAGGAAGUGCUAUAUACCUUCUAUGUAUAUACUUAGAAUGUACUAUCGCACAUAUUUUUAGUAUAUGGGAAGAAUAUUCCAAGGAUGUGCUGUAUUUCUCAGAAGUAUGUUUUCAACAUCACCCAAUUUCAUCCUAUAGGUUCUACCAAAGAAUACUAACACACCCACUGGGUGUGUUAGUAUUCUUUGGUUCUACUAAUAUAUUAUAUUUACAUAUUCUAAUUGCAUAUGAGAAUGUAGUUAUUACAUUCUACAAUAUUACGUAAAAAGUAAGUAUAAAAUAUAUAAACUUUAGUUAGUUAUAUAGGUACCUAUGUAAAAUAAAUAUUAUAUGGGUAAGUAGCCUAUAUAUAAAAUAUAAGUAAUAUAAAAUAUUUAGUUAUUAUGUGCACAUCAAAAUAAAAAUUCUGCUUAUAUAAUUAUAUAAUAGCCAAAUAUAUAUAAUAUGUAUGUAAAUUACUAAAAUUUAUAGGUAUCUAUAUACAUUAUACAUACUUUUACUUACUAGGUAUUUAGGAAAUAUUGAAGUACCAAUAUGAAUUUAUUAUUUUCAAACUGCUUUUUAUGUUCUUAAAAAUGUUUUAGUCCUUGUAGCUAGAAAUACUUGGUCCUACCUAACAGCGUAGACAUAAAUGCAUAACUAACUGUACUGGAAACUAUUUUCAUAUUUUGCUCUUUUGUUACCUAUACCCCCUUCCCUUGUGUAGGUAUAAAAUGCAAUGCAAGGGUCAGAAUGACAAUGAAUGGCCGUUUCCGGAUUCCCGAAAAUUAUAGGUAAAAAUACUUAUGGUAUAAACUCAAAUCAAAAUGGUAUAUUCAUUUCAACUGAAAACGAAACGAGACUUUCUCAUUUUUCUUCAAUAGAAUUAAGUUUUAAACUUUUUACCAUACAAUUAAAACGGUUUAAAAAAAAUGAUUUAGAUAGUUCAGUAUAUAGUACCUACCAAAAUACAUAAAUUUUAUUAAUUAUUCUUAACGCGAAGUUGAUAAUCUAUUGGCUAACAUUAUUCUUCUUCCUAUAGGUACAUACAGUAUAUUCUUUUUAAAAUAUUUUAAAAGUAUAUACAAGUAUGUGUUAAGCAUAUACUUUUGCAUAUACUUACGCAUAUACUAAGAAUAUUCUAUUAAGGUAUAUUCUAAGAAUAAACUUUUACGAACAUUCCGAGAUACUACGUACCCGAAUGUGCUCAGUAUAUUCGGUGCAAGAAUAUUCUUUGAGGCACAUGCAAAGAACAUGAAAUUUAGAAUGUUUUUAAUGGUACAUGCUAUGCUUGUACUACGCAUAUACUAAAAAGGAUAUACUUCGACGAAUGUUGGUAGGAUAUGCUUAGAACAUGAUGCGACCAUCAUUGUUAUGUGGGUAGUUCCUGUUACCUAGCAUAGGUUUUGGACAGAACGUCCUGUGUUACGCAUAGUUCUACAGCUAAGUCCCUCUGAGAACAUUACUUUCUCCACAAGACCAAUGUCUUUCCCUGUUGUAUGUUCUAUAACCCCACAUGAGGCAUAUUUUCGUUUUUUGACGCAAAAGUUAGUUUAUUUAUUUUCGUUCAAUUUGAAACUCAAGCAAAUAACCUAUACUGCAACGAGCUGUACUAUCUGAUUGUCUUUGUUUAUUUUCAAUAAAAACCUUUUUUCUUCACAACAAUAACAAGUUUUUUCAAAAGAAAUAAAUAUUUCUUUGAAAUACAUGGUGAUUCCAUAUAAGUUUGGGUGUGUGUUUUUGUAAAAUAAAUAUGUACCAUUGAUUAUUUACAGUGUCUCCGUCCAGUAGUAGAACGCUCAUACACAUUUCUUUUCAAUAAUUACAUAGUUGCUGAGAACUACAGAGUAUAAGCUUAUUAAAUAAAACCUUGAAACUAACAACUAAACUUCUGAAAGAACGAAUAAAUCGAGAUAAACUUGGCAGAUGAACAACAAGUUUUUGUACUAGAAGAUCGUGUACAGAUGCAGUAUUCGUCAAAUUUCGAUUGAUAUCAUAAUAAUUAUUAAAAACUUUCAAAACAACAACAAGAAAGUCGGAAUAAAUGGACAACUACCAAACUUAUAAUAGACAUACAGAUGAAUUCGUUUUUAAAGGGAACAUACAUUUUACAUGUAAAUUUAUCUCAACUCCGCUCCACGCAGUUGGGCAUCAAAAGGUUGUCAAAGAAUUAUAUUAUAAAAAUCAAAUACUCAAGCGUGCUACUGGAUUCUGACCUAUUUCAGCACAAAAGUCACUGAACGUCGAAUAAUGUCGAAUGGUACAAUGUUGCCAAAAUUAUCAUUUUUUGUUGGAAAUGAUUUCUUCAACUAAAUAUGCCAAUCUAUUAUGUAGUAUUGGGACCGUGCAAGUUCGGAAGAGCGACACCUGGUUUCAUAGCUCGGCAACGUUUUUAGCACUUUUAAUUAUAUUGUCAAGGCCAUAGCCCAAAAAAGAAUAAGAAGAAAAAGUAAGAUUGAGGUUAUGUUAUUAAAAGGUAAACAUUGUACUACAAGCAAAAUAUCAUUAAUUAAAUUUACUUUAAUAAUUGCAUAUCAUAUCAAAAUUGUGGAGCAACAUAAUAUGUGUAAUUCAGCCACAAUAAUAUGUAGUAUUUACUAGUUAUAUGCACCGUUAUGGAUAAGACAUGAAAACAAAGAGUUGCGUUCUACUACAAAACAAUCUAAAUAGUUAGAAAAAUUUAGCAUAGUAAAAUUGUACAUAUUUACCGAGAGUUGUAAACAGUUCUGUAACAUUAGUAUAAUAAAUAAGACUUAUAUUGGUAAAUAACAAUUAUAAAUUAGUCUUUCUUG